UUUCACGUGGGGCAGCAAGAGAUAUCAACCACUUACACAUAUGCUGGAUGCAGGAGCUGAACGUUUGGCAGAGAAUGGUUACGGAAGAAAACUCGUUCACCACUUUCAUGUUUGCGAAUACAAGAGAAUUCCCAUUUCUUUAUACAGUAUUGUGCAUUUUUUUCUUUGAAUUUCCUGGAUGAGUCUUGCAGCUGAACUUUGGUGACGUGAUUUCCAUAUAGACGGAACUUGUUCGCUGUAGUGGACUUUCAGCCAAGCGGAUACGUUUCAAAACAGCACGAUGAAAAACAAACUUUAAAGUAAGUCAAAUUAUUUGCGAUCGCGACAGAUAAUUAAAGGCGUUACGCUUUCCUUAUAAGACAAAUCGAGUUACAUGCGACGAGCAUUUGUACGCAGCUUGCCUGAGUUUCUUUGACUGACCAUUAUUAUAGUGAGUUCUCAAGGGAAGUUGACAGUAAGGUGACACUGACGGAGUUUUACCUUGACGGGGGGGAAAGUGCCUUGGAUGAACAUGUCUAAACCUACGGAUCACGUAAAGCGCCCGAUGAAUGCGUUUAUGGUGUGGUCCCGUGCACAGCGGAGGAAAAUGGCUCAAGAGAAUCCAAAAAUGCAUAACUCUGAAAUCAGCAAAAGGCUAGGAGCGGAAUGGAAACUCCUAACGGAGACCGAGAAAAGACCGUUUAUAGACGAAGCGAAACGACUGAGAGCUAUGCAUAUGAAGGAGCAUCCUGACUACAAAUACAGACCGAGGAGGAAACCGAAAACUUUAAUGAAGAAGGAGAAGUUUGCUUUUCCGGUGCCUUACAACCUAGGAGAUCACGAAGCACUGAAGGCGAGCGCUUUGUCAGGAGGAGCCCUGUCCGAGUCCUUAAUUGGAAACCCGGAUAAGGCGGCGGCGGCGGCCGCUGCCGCGGCGGCCAGAGUCUUCUUCAACCCGUCGGUAUCCACGAACCCAUACUCUUUCUUUGAUCUCGGCUCGAAGAUGACAGAUAUCUCCCCGCCGUCAUUUCCAUACCCCUCCCCGCUUGGGUAUCCCGGUGCUGCCACUACUUUCACCGGCACAGGAACAGUCGGCAGCGGGAGUCACACGCACUCCCACCCUUCUCCGGGCAAUCCUAGCUAUAUGAUUCCCUGUAACUGUACAGGUUGGCCCCCGGCGGCUCUGCAGCCACCCCUGGCUUAUAUUUUGCUACCGGGAAUGGGCAAACCGCAGCUUGAACCUUACCCCGCGUACGCCUCAGCGUUAUGAUACGUGGACAUAGAGCAUUUUUAAAGUACUGAGACAGAACGUGAGACUGUUUAUUUGAUGCAUGCAAGAUUUUGUACAUGUGAUACAACACGCGCGUUUUGGUGUCACAUGUGUAUGUAUAUAAAUGAAUGCCUUUAUGAAAGGCACUUUUUAAAGAAAAACAAUAUUUAGAAGACUAUUUACAACCGUCACGUGUCCACAUCCCAGAGGGAGCGAACAAAUGAUGACUAUUAAUUGAAAAAUGUGCUGUGCAUUCAUCAUAUUAAUUGUUGUACAGCUUGCAGUCGUGCCCUUUUUCAAUGUGAAUACUGAUUCGACAUGGUACAUAUUUCAACCUGUUGCCAAUGCACCUACCAAUGUCUGUUAAACUAAAUCCAGAAUCGUUGACUGUCACGUUAUAGUUUUGAACUUUCAGGGGUCUUGGUUAUGGUGAUAGUGCUCAAAAUCCAACCAAUUAUGAAUUAAUUUACGUUGAAUUUAGCUGGACUUUGAGAAACGGCUUAGCCACGAUGUGUCAUUUUGAUCACCUUGUUUUCAGACAGGCUGACUGAAAACGUGUAAAUGUGUAUAGAUAAAUUAAGUCGAAUGGUUUAGUUUCCAUACCUUUAGUGAUCCAGUUAGAACCUGGACCAGAGUGGAUUUGUUUUGCUAGAUUUACAAUGCACAUCUUAAGUUCCAAAUACUGUUAUAUAGAUGUCUGUACUAUUUAUUGUUUAGUGGACGCAUUAUGGUGACCAAGUUGAUUUAAAAGAGAACUUUACGUGUCUUGAAACAUUUGCACAAUAAACUUGUAGUGCGUGUGCGA